GCUGUUGUGAACACAUAACCGCUGUGACCGUUACUAGUCGCGAACUUUCCUUCCGCAUAUGGCGAUGUAUGUCACUCCAGAUUUGAGUGUGUUCCAUAUGCAUAUCGUCAUGCAAGUAAUACAUAACUAGCAUUGCUUAGUCCGUCGUGCCGUCAGUCUUCCCCAGUGUCUUCCCCGCCCAAGUCUCCCGCGUUCGUGAACGCCUCCGGAGGUUCUAGGCCCGAGGCGCAGGCACCGGCAGCGCAUAACAUGGCUCACCAAAUAUUCACUCUGGUGGUUCUGCUCACGGUUGGCAGUGCGUGCGCCGCUGCCCGCCGGCUGCAGCAGAGCGGCCCCAUCGAGCAGGUUGACUUCCAGUGGACGGCCAGUGCGCCCAACGGCGUCUCCCUCGCGCCCCUGGCAGAUGGAACGGCUACCACCGCGAAUCCCUUUCCCUUGUGGAACGGCAUCGGCCAGGGCGAAACUGCCGUGCAGGCCGGCCCCUCCGCCUACACGUUCACCCAGAACCCCCACAAAGCGACAUUCGCCCCGAGCCCCGCCACACGCCUGAACGCGCCCUCCACGCUGGACCACGUGAAGCACCUACAGCUCCGCCAGGCCACACGGACACGUGAUGACGCCAAGACUGUCCUGAGCAUUACGAUGGCGUCGCAGACCUUCCUGCCCGCCACUAUUCCGUACACCAUUUAUGGCAACCGUGAGGAUGACAUUCGUCUGGGCUCGUGCGCGGUCAACUUCAUCGACUUUGAGAAGAUGCUUGUGGCUGACAUGUUCCUGACCAACACGGGCGACGAGAACGAACUGCAGGUUAAGUACAUCCGGAGCGCAAACAUCAUGGAGUGGUGGGUUGACGGUGAACUGAAGCUGACGCUUGGCCGCAUCGGCUACAAGCCCCCUUCGGCUCUGGGCAUGGUGGCGGGUCUGGACCUGGGCGGUGUGGAGGAGGAGAUCCGGCUGGACAGCCUGCAGGCCGGAUUCGGUUGUUAUGCCCUGGUGGAUUUUGCUGACCCCACCGGCCGCGGCCGAGAGGGCUUUUUGAACCUGAACCCCACCGCCAGCGGCCAGCAGAAGGACGAGGUCUACUUCGUGCCCAAGACGUUCCAGGUGGACACUCGGAAAAACGUGAGCGCCAUUUCUGACCCCUCGUGGCGCCUGUUCGGCCAGGGCACCAGCAUGUCCGUCUCCGCCAUCAAGGUUGCGUAUGAGCUGUCUGCCUAAGGACCCAGAUUAGACAAUGGCAGCAUGACACAGUGGCUAGGGUCUGCGAUUGAAGCCACUGGGCAUCUCAUGCAAGGGCGCUGGUGAGAGCACCGGCAGCCAGUUGCCGUACACGGCAAGCCAGGGCCCAGCCAGGGGCACUUGACUGGGAGGUGCGGUGUUGAGCGGUGUUAUCCUUGAAGCAAAAGGACUAUAGCUAGCAGAAUCAUUUCCGCAACACGGCACUACAUGCGGCAUGAGUAAUGCGUAAUGCAUCCAAAUGAAGCGCACAUGCAACGGGCGCAGCCCCUGCCUUUCUGAAUUGUAUGGCAGCUUCGGGACUGCAGUGUGUGCAGUCCGUAAGAAAUGAUGUUUGCGCGUGGAUGUGCCUUCUGCCGUACGGGACCUCUUCCAGAACUUCGUUCGCAGUGACGGGAGUCAUUUGUUUAGG